AUGGAACAAGACCUCUCGUCUUCCCGGCAAACCUCCCAGCCUGCACAAGAUACAUCAAGCUGGGGAACGUCGGCCGCCUCUGCUGGAAUGAGUACAUUUGACUUCACAUCCGCCCCUCCUGAUGUGUCGAUACCAUCGUUCGACCCGGCGAUUGCUGCGUUCGCCGACCUGUCCUUUACACAACCGCCUCACGGAUCACCAUACCCGACGGGGAAGAACUCAAUGGCAAGCCCCCAGUCCGACGCACUUCUUCAAGGUCGGGACUUUCACGACAAGAAGAGGAUGAAGGUCGAAUCCGAUACCCCCGCUUUAGAUUCAAUAGAUUACUGGAUAUCAUUUGAUGACGACCUGGACAAGAUGGGCAGCUUUGAAAUUGAUUAUUCCAAACGACCCGAUUUACUCAGUCAAAACAGGCCCGGGUUGGCAUCAGACUCGAUACCUGGCCUUGGCAGCGGACUGUACUCUACCUCGACCGCGCCAUUUCGAGAAGAAGACUUUUUCGACGAUAGCGCCUUCGAACAGGUUCUCUCCGACGACGAGGAAAUGUUCGAAGCCACAGCCAAGCCAGGGGAGAAGAUGACACAGCUAGAGAACACAUCAACAUCACAACAGCCUCUCGACAACAACGCAGCGCUUUUCAACAGCUCGCAGGGCACAGACAAAUUUCAGCCGGGGUCAAGGCUUGAGUCGACAUUCAAAGAUGUAUCCAAGCAAAUGCGACGGAUUGUCCCGCAAGGUCCGGAGCCUGAUAUCGAUGAACAGCGACGCUUUCUGGAGGAAGCGUUGAACUCUGGUAGAAUUCCUGGAGCCCUCAUCCCACCAAAUGGGUUCGGAGUAGGGUUUGGUGCUGGCAUGGGAUGUAGGCCACCGCAGGAAUUCAUAAACCGGCCGCUCAGCCCGCUGGGAAAGCCCACAGAGAGUCAAAGUACAUCAAAAGACACCAGCAAAGCGAAAACCGGAGAGAUAGUGGACGAGACAGAGUCAAAAAAGCAAACUACGAAACGGCCAACGACAAGCAGAGCUGGCUCCUCAAAGAAAGCAACCAUGGCAGGAGCACCAAAAGCUCGGUCUGCGGAUCGAAUAGCUCACAAUGAUGUUGAGCGAAAAUACAGAACAAAUCUAAAAGAUAAAAUUGCCGAGUUGCGCGCCGCCGUGCCUUCCUUGCAAGCUUCUGGGGGUGACGGAGACUCAGAGGGUGGCUCUGCGGGUGGUCAACAAAGCGCCGCCAAAAUUAGCAAGGCAAACCGAUAUGAUGAUGCCCAAUCACAGCAUGACCCUAUUCGACCCUAG